CUCUAAGUCACUCUACUGACUCGUAAUAUUUUCAUAAUUUAUUUGCUGUAAGUUAGUUCCAAAGUUCAAUAGAAAUGCAACCUGUCAAUUUUCGGAGCCCAAUUUUAAAUGAACCACGAAUAUUUGGUGGUGAAUACAGCUUGAAUACUCCUGCAGGGCAUGUUGCUACUACCCAACCACCUCCGUUGCCUCCAAGGCCAUUACAGACUAGUUCUAGUAUGUACAGCUCAAAUUACGGAAAUCGUUUCGGAAUACCAUCAUACGGAUAUUCAGGGCUUAGUGGUGGUUACGGCGGCCAUGCCAUGUAUGGCAAUAUGUUCAUGAACAACAUGUAUGGCAACGGCUAUGGGCACAGCGCAGGCUUUCCGGAACACCGCUUCAUCCAAUUGGCGGAAGAAAGUUCGAGACCUGCGCUACAAAACAUUGAAUCAUUAGUUGGAGCUAUCGGUAACAUUGCUUCACUAAUGGAUUCAACAUUUUUCGCACUCACAAGUUCGUUUAGAGCAGUCCUUGGCGUAGCAGCCAACUUCGCUCAUCUACGCGGGUUAUUUGCGCAAUUUUGGACCUCAUUUGCUUUGUUCCGUUGGUUUACAUGGUGUUACAAGAAAACGUUAUAUUUACUCAAACUGACCAAAACAGAUCCCACUUUAGAAAAUUUUACGCAAGCUUUUAAAGCAGCCGAAGUUAAUAAACAUGUUGGACAAAGCAACAGUUCGUUGCCAAUAAUUUUGUUCUUAGGUUUUGUUAUGUCUGCACCGUACCUACUAAUGAAAAUAUUUGGCGGUAACGAAAAAUCUGUGUCAGCUAUAAAUCCUCAAUCAUGGCAAAAUCCGUUAGAAGCUAUUGCGGUGUUCAAUUUUGAUUCCACGCAUCCUAAUGAAUUGACAAUUCGAGCUGGACAGCCAGUACUAAUUGCUCCUAAGGCUGUACAGAUUGAGCAUAAUUUAUUAAAUACCGGUUGGGUGCUGGCUACCAUGGAUAAUACUACCUCUGGUUUAAUACCGAUAAACUACAUUCAAGGAAGUAAACCGGACGUUAAAGAAGCAAAUAAAAAGUAGUGUCAAGUCAGCUCAUGCAUGGUUAUUUAACAUUCUAUAUUUUAUAAAUUUUAUUUGUUGGCCAGUAAUAAAGCGAAAUUCCAUUAUUAUUUAG